AUGAACUCCCCGGACCUGUCGACGAGCAAGGACCCGCUCAACAUGGCGGGCACCGACAAGAAGUCUGAAGAAGCGGGGGUGAUCGUGCCUCAGGGCACCGCCGUGGAGGACGUGGGCGUCGACGAGAGGAAGCUCGUCCGCAAGCUCGACCUGUACCUGAUCUGGCUGGUCAUGAGCCUCUACGCAUUCAGCUUCCUCGACCGCGUCAACAUCGGCAACGCGCGGCUGUACCACCUCGAAGCAGACCUGGGCCUCGUCGGCAACCAGUACCAGACGGCCGUGUCGAUCCUCUUCGUGCCGUACCUCGCCUUCGAGGUCCCGUCCAACCUGGUGCUCAAGAAGUUCACCCCCCGCUACUGGAUCGCCUUCAUCACCACCGCCUGGGGUAUUAUUGCAACGCUGUCCGGGCUUGUCCAGAGUUACGGCGGCCUGAUCGCGUGCAGGGUCCUCCUUGGCGCCGUCGAGGCGGGCCUCUUCCCCGGGCUGGCCGUCUACUUGACGCUCUUCUACACUCGGCACGAGCUCGCCUUGCGCGUGGGCUACCUCUUCGUGUCGGCCGCCAUCGCCGGCGCCCUCGGCGGCCUGCUGGCCUACGGCAUCGGCCACAUGGACGGCGUGGCUGGCUUGCACGGGUGGCGGUGGAUUAUGAUCAUCGAAGGCCUUCCGACGCUCUGUCUUGGAGUUGCCACCUUCUUCCUGCUGCCCAACGACGCUCAGUCCGCAUACUUCCUGAACGAGGCCGAGAAGAAGGCCAUGGUCGUGAGUGAUAUGAUGAUGGCCUUCAAGGACUGGAAGGUCUGGGCGUUCUGUAUUGCGCAGUUUGGGGCGGACACCAUGCUAUACGGCUACUCGACGUUUCUACCGACUAUCAUUAAUGGCCUGGGGAGGUGGACUCCGGCGCAGGUGCAGCUGCUGACUAUCCCGUGCUACUUUUUGGGCGCGACGACCUACAUGUGUGUUGCCUAUUUCUCCGACCGUAUCCAGAGGCGAGGCUUGUUCUGUGUAAUUUUCGGAUUCGUCAGCGUCAUUGGGUAUGGCCUCCUGAUAUCAGAAACCCCCUCUGGAGUGCAUUACUUCGGGUGUUUCCUUGUCGCCAUGGGCUUGUAUGUUGUUGUUGGAAUCCCUCUAGCUUGGCUCCCGAACAACUGCCCACGGUAUGGGAAGCGUACCACCGCAACUGGUAUGCAGUUGACCAUUGGGAAUGCUUCAGGGGUCAUGGCUCCGUUUAUUUAUGCCACGGCUGAGGGCCCACGAUAUAUCAAAGGGCAUGCAGUGACACUGUCGCUCGUGGGAAUGGCGACUGUCAUGUAUGGGCUUAUGUCUCUGUGGUUUAGGAGCCAGAAUAAGAGAAGGGAGGCCGGAGAAGUGCACACGGAUCACCAGCAUUUGUCGGACGACGAGUUGGCUGAGCUGGGUGAUGAGAGCCAUCACUUCCGGUAUGUGAGGUAG